GGUCUGGUUGCUCAUUCUGCCUCCAUCAUUCAGUUGUCUAAACCAUCCAUCCAUCUUUUUUUUUUUGCUUGUCCUGUUCAUCACUUUUCCCUCCUCUAUCAUAUUUCCAUUCACUCUCGGGUUCUCCUUGCUCUCAGCAACGCUUUAACGACAUUUUACAUCCUCUUUCAUACUAUUCUACCUUACUCACUGUUACCAUCGCCUUUACUCUUAUCAUCACUUUCAUUCUUACUUUCAUUGCCAUUCUCAGUCCCUGCAUAUUUCCUUCAGCUAAUCCACCACUAUGGCUGGCCUCAAGUAUGAACUAGACCAAUGGAACGAAGGAGUUAUUGCAUUUGAUCAAGGCGAAUAUGAAGAUGCCCUUGAGAUCUUUGAGCCUAUUGCAGACUCCGCGAAGAUCCACUUUAACAUUGGUGUCGUCCUCACUACUUUGGGCGACUUUCAGGGAGCGAGUGAGGCAUACGCUCAGGCUACCAAGUUGGAUCAGUACCUUGCCAUCGCCUACUUUCAGAACGGCGUCGCCAAUGUUGCUCUUGAGAACUAUUCCAAAGCCUUGAGUUGUUUCCACGAUGCAUAUCAGUAUCUCCGAGGAAACAUGGUAAUCGAUUAUACACAACUGGGACUGGAAUUCAAGUUAUUUUCAUGCCAGGUCCUCUAUAAUCGUGCACUUUGUUAUGUCGAACUUGGAGAGAUGGAUCAAGCCAUGAGUGAUUUUUGGAAGGCAUCAAGGGAAAAGCAGACCAAAGAACAUGACGUUGUGGAUCAGGCCCUUCGCGACAAGGGUAAGGACUGUACAAUCUUCACAGUGCCUCAGGGGGUUCUCUACCGUCCACCUGAAUCAAAGGUGAAGAAUUCUAAAAAGAAAGAUUAUCUUGGAAAUUCCAAGGUGAUUGCGGCGAUCGAGACGUCCGAUUCCUUUUCAGGAUUUCAGGGCAAAUCUGCCUGGCAGGUCCAGAUGAGUGGCCCCACCAAUGUGGCAGCAGUCGACGAGCCGCGUGCAAUGACACCACCAAGUGCGCUCCAACGAAGAGGCACUGGCCGAGGUGCCAAUGGACGUACAAGGAGAGGCACUGAUCCUGAGAGACCACAAUUAGAGCACUCAUCAUCCUUUAAGAGUCAAGAUGCACCUGUUUCACGUCGCGUCCAAGGAGCAGGACCUGGUCCCUCCUCUCUUGGUCCAGCUGGUUCUGAGCCAAGGUUAUCACUCCUUUCCCGUCGAAACACAGAUGCUCAAAGACCUGCACCUUUGAAUUUGGCCGGGCAGUCAAACUAUGAAGGAACAGCCUCAUCCACAGCAGCACAAGGAGGAGAGAUUGGAUCACAGAGUUAUCUUGACUUUUAUCAGGAUGAAAUAGAUAAUCUGGAUCAAGAUGUUUAUGCUCUCACUUUAGAAUAUCAAGAAAAUACUGUCGGCGAUCAAUACUCGACCACAUCAUCUACUGAUCUUCGAGUCUCGCCUGUUCCUUCACGCUCCAAUUCUAAUAACUCUAAUUACAAUUAUAAUAACACUAACAAUAACAACUACAACAAUAACAACUACAACAAUAAUAACUACAACAAUAAUAACUACAACAACAACAACAAUGGACGGACUGGAGGAAAUCCGAUAAACAAAGUUGGUAAUGGAUAUAAUGGUUAUGGUACAAGUCCUCCAAGCCGUACAGGAACACCUCCAGUAUUUUCUUCAGAGUUGAGACGGAUAGGGAGUGAAAAUAAUGCAAAGAUAGUUGGAGCAGGCCUUCAUCGUGAUGAUAGUGUACGGAGUGCGGCUUCUGGAGGUAGUGGAGGAUUCUAUCAGCAGCCUAAUGGAAGCCACUCCGGAUACAUGCAUGGCGGCGAAGGAUCUUAUGUGGAUGAGCCCGUCUAUGCUAGUCUUCGUGACAAGCUUCGUGUCAAAUGCCAUUAUAUUGAUACAAGAGCUAUUUUGGUCCGAGCAGACACACCUCUCCAAGAAUUGAUUCAACGGGUCCAAGAAAAGUUCCAAUUGGAUCGGCCCUUGAAGCUCAAGUAUAGGGAUGAAGAUCAGCAUAUGUUAUCGAUGGUUGAUGAUGAAGAUUGGUUGAUGGCUCAGCAGGUUCAUCUAGACACCACUGGAAGCUUGGACCGCAUGGAGUUGUGGUGCUUUGAUGAGGAGUAGAGAAAGAAGAAGAAGCUAUGGAAGUUUUUGAUAGAGUAUUAAAAUAAUUGCAUAGAUUAUAGAAGGGC